AUCUUCAAAUCAAAUCGGUUGAGGGAAUCAAUUUUGAGCUUUUAUAUACAAAGCUGGAGUAAUUUGGACAAAUUUUAAAACCUAGUGGCCUUUUUAAUGAAAAUCAUCGCAAGUCACUUCGAUUAGAUUUAGAUUUUGCUUAGUGAAAAGAAAUUUGUUAAAAUUACCAUUUAAUUUACAGUAGAGACCUAUGGACAGGACUCUAAUAUAAUAUACUGAAAACAGGUUUAGGAUAUAAAAAGGAGGAGUCCCAGAGAAGAUAUAACUGUUUUGUACUAGUCAAGACCUGUGAAAAGUGUUCCGACAUAAUAUACUGAACUUGGGUUCAUGGUAUAAACUUAUAUAUAUCCGCGUAGAUAUAUCUACUAUCUAAAAGUUGACUUAGAGAAAGAGAGGAAUCUGAAAAAGAGAUAUAACUGUUUUGUACUAGUCAAGACCCGUGAAAAGUGUUCCGACAUAAUAUACUGAACUUGGGUUCAUGGUAUAAACUUAUAUAUAUCCGCGUAGAUAUAUCUACUAUCUAAAAGUUGACUUAGAGAAAGAGAGGAAUCUGAAAAAGAGAUAUAACUGUUUUGUACUAGUCAAGACCUGUAAAAAGUGUUCCGACAUAAUACACUGAACUUGGGUUCAUGGUAUAAACUUAUAUAUAUCCGCGUAGAUAUAUCUACUAUCUAAAAGUUGACUUAGAGAAAGAGAGGAAUCUGAAAAAGAGAUAUAACUAUUGUGUAAUAGAAGACCCCUGUGGACAUUUUAGUGACAUAAUAUACUGAAUUUGAGUUCAUGGUAUAAACUUAAAUAUAUCCGCGUAGAUAUAUCUACUAUCUAAAAGUUGACUUAGAGAAAGAGAGGAAUCUGAAAAAGAAAAUUAGAUAUAACUGGUUCAUGGUAUAAACUUAUAAAUAUCCGCGUUGAACUAUCUAAAAGUUGCCAUAAAGGAAGUUCAAAAAGAGUAUAAAUUAUGCAGAACACAUCUAUUAUUAUGGAAAAAGUCCCUGAUAGUUUAUUCCAAGGCCGUCAGGAUGGACAACAGGAUGGUGCACUUGAAAUAGAUGCAGACCUUGUAGACUAUAAACAACCAAGCGCAUUUCGUAUGAAGACGUUUAUGGCUGUACUUGCGAUCGUUUUCAGUGUUUUAGUGUGUUGUUUCCUAACAUCCAUGGUUUACGUCAGGUUUGGUCACAAGCAAAAAGUUCUUCAUUAUCGUGCACUUUGUGCUGUGCCAAAGCUAUACGAUGACAAUCAGGCUAUACCGUACCUACUUAUACAAACACAUGACUUAGAAUAUAGCUGGAGAUCGUUAAUAGCGCCAAAAAUGAUAGAACGAUUAGAUAAUAAUUUUCCAUAUGAGCUUUUUUUGCGUGAAGUAAUUGAAUUCAAUGAGACAUCCGGUGGAAAAGUUUCCACAGCCAUUUAUGUGGUUGAUAAUACGAAUAGUUUCUCAAGUAAAGUGAUUCACAGUUUUAACAGGAAUCAAACCGCAAUUGUAGAUUUAUAUAAAAAUCGCUGCUUUAUUAUGAAACUUAACGCCAAUUUUACCAUGGAUGCCAAUGAAUUAUUAUCGAAGAUGCAGCGGAUGGAAUAUAUUUAUUCUUUACCACAGGGCGGACGAUUAUUACCAAAACAAAUUAUUCUACCAGCUGUUGCUGAUCUAUCUUUCGCUGAUAAGCAAAUUAUAAGGGAUUGUCAUGACAAGUAUUCCUACAUACUAACUGACUAUCUAUCCGAAGAUGAAAACCCAAUUGAUGAGUUGAUUACCGAAGAUACCUGUUUUUACGAAUUUUUCGGUCGAGGUAUUACCGAAUAUUGUCUGGUCAAUAUUGACGAAAUUUCAUUAUAUGAAAACCAAUUAGAAACGUCUGAUAUAGAAAGUCCAUAGUUUAACAUGUACUCAAAUAUUUUUGUUAUCUAAAUUUUGUGAUAUAUUUUGGA